CGGGGGCCGCCGGGAGCUGCAGUCCGUCCCGCCUGCCCAGUCAGCGCGGUGCAGCCUGCCCGCACUCGGAUCCCAGAGCCGCCGCCCAGGGGAAUGCGGGAGCCCCUGGUUCCGGGGAGCAGAGAGGCAGGCGGGGAGCUGAGGCCAGCAUGUCCCAGGCCCCGGGAGCGCAGCCGAGCCCGCCCCCCGUGUACCACGAGCGUCAGCGCCUGGAGCUGUGUGCGGUCCACGCGCUCAACAACGUCCUGCAGCAGCAGCUCUUCAGCCAGGAGGCUGCCGAUGAGAUCUGCAAGAGGUGGCUGGACCUGCGGGUGGAUACCUGUCCACAGCCCAGCCGGGCCCAGCCCCCGCACCUGCUUGCCCUGGCCAGGCUGGCGCCCCAGCUUGCGAUUUCCCUCUGGGGUCCCCGCUGUCCCUGCCCCAUCCGGCUCCCCAGCCCCUGGCGGAGUCAGCGAAGGCUGGUGGCCAAGGCCUCCCCUCUCCCCAGGGCCUUCCUGGCGGCCGCGCUGGCGCAGGGCCUGUGCGAGGUGCUGCUGGUGGUGAGCAAGGACGUGGAGGAGAAGGGCUCCUGGCUGCGCCCCGACUGAGCCGCCCCUCGCCACCCCAAUACGGACCGACCGCAGAGAGGCCGGCCUGUGGGCCGGCCCCCCCCACCCCCCAAGCCGCUGCUGCCUCAAUAAAUCUGCCAAUUUGCUC